AUGUUCAAAAGGUCCCUCCAAAGGACGCUCGUUCGACGCCAACGGGCAUUCCAUUCCUCAGCUCCUGCACACAAGGUUGUGGCGACAAACCCAGUCAAGGCUGAAGAGGUCAAGUCGUGGUCCUCAGGAAAGUACCCUCUGAUCGAACACGAAUACGAUGCGAUAGUAGUCGGUGCUGGUGGUGCUGGUCUUCGCGCUGCUUUUGGUCUUGCUGAGGCAGGAUUCAAGACAGCAUGCAUCACCAAACUCUUCCCCACUCGAAGUCAUACUGUUGCUGCACAGGGUGGAAUAAAUGCUGCAUUGGGAAACAUGACGGAAGAUGAUUGGCGAUGGCACAUGUACGAUACAGUCAAGGGUUCGGACUGGUUGGGAGACCAGGAUGCCAUCCACUACAUGUGUCGUGAGGCACCUAACACAGUCAUUGAGCUUGAGCACUUUGGUGUGCCCUUCUCUCGUACGAAGGAGGGCAAGAUCUACCAACGAGCUUUUGGUGGUCAGUCGCUAAAGUUUGGAAAGGGAGGACAGGCCUAUCGUUGUGCCGCCGCCGCCGACCGAACUGGUCAUGCCCUCCUGCACACUCUUUACGGACAGUCCCUUCGCCACGACACGAACUUCUUCAUUGAGUAUUUCGCCCUCGACCUAAUCAUGCAAGACGGUGAAUGCGUUGGUGUCAUUGCUUUGAACAUGGAAGAUGGUACAUUGCAUCGCUUCCGCGCGCAUAAGACUGUUCUCGCUACUGGAGGCUACGGAAGAGCAUACUUUAGUUGCACGAGUGCACACACGUGCUCUGGUGACGGUAACGCCAUGGUUGCCCGCGCUGGCUUGCCUCUCCAGGACUUGGAGUUCGUCCAGUUCCACCCCACAGGAAUUUAUGGAGCUGGCUGCUUGAUCACAGAGGGCUCUCGUGGUGAGGGAGGUUACCUCCUUAACUCGGAGGGAGAACGUUUCAUGGAGCGUUACGCCCCAACGGCGAAGGAUCUUGCCUCUCGUGAUGUCGUCUCUCGUAGCAUGACCAUCGAAAUCCGCGAGGGCCGUGGUGUUGGUCCUGAGAAGGAUCACAUUUACUUACAACUCAGCCAUCUUCCCGCUGAGGUUCUCCACGAACGUCUCCCUGGUAUCUCUGAGACCGCCGCCAUCUUCUCUGGCGUUGAUGUCACGAAGGAACCAAUCCCUGUUCUGCCGACAGUCCACUACAACAUGGGUGGUAUCCCUACCAAGUACACCGGUGAAGUCCUCACCGUCGAUGCUCAAGGCAACGACAAAGUCGUACCCGGUCUCUAUGCUGCUGGCGAAGCCGCCUGCGUUUCCGUCCACGGCGCGAACCGUCUCGGUGCCAACUCGCUACUUGAUAUUGUCGUUUUCGGUCGCGCUUGCGCUCACCACAUCAAGGACACACUCACCCCUGGCAAACCUCAUAAAGCCAUCCCUGAGGAAGCCGGCCUUGAAACCAUCGAAUACCUCGAUGCGAUCAGGAACGCCGAUGGCCCCGAGCCCACUGCUAAAAUCAGACUGGACAUGCAGAAGGCCAUGCAGUCCGACGCUGCUGUCUUCCGUACACAACAAACCCUUGACGAGGGUGUCGUCAAGGUCAAGGAAGUCUACAAGAACUUCGUCAAGAACGUCGGCAUUAAGGAUCGUAGCAUGAUCUGGAACUCCGAUUUGGUUGAGACCCUCGAACUCCGCAACAUUCUCCAGUGUGCUAUCCAAACCAUUACCUCUGCCGCUGCUCGCAAGGAAUCUCGUGGUGCUCAUGCUCGCGAAGAUUUCCCCGAUCGUGACGAUGAGAACUGGAUGAAGCACACUCUUUCUUUCCAACGCAACCCUGAGACCCCCGACGUCGAGCUCUCGUACCGCCGUGUCAUCGACACCACGUUGGACGAAAAUGAAUGCAAGGCCGUACCGCCUUUCAAGCGAGUGUACUGA